AUGUUCAAGGCGCUGGCAUCCGCCGCCAACUCGGCAGUCUCUUCCCUCCGCGCAAGCCCUGCACCCCUCGGCGACAGACAUGACGACCCCAAUCGCAUCAAGCAGUACGCUGAGAUGGCAUCCGCCCUUCAGCACUCCGACAUCCCCGUCUCUCACGCAGACUGCGCCAGCUGCGACCUUCCCUGCGAUGAAAAGAACUUCACAGGCAGCGGGCCAGCGGCGCAGAUUGGCAACGCGUGGGAUGGCAAGACGUAUGACGAGUAUGUUGAGGACAAGUACGGAUGUCUCGAAGGCAUGCCCGAUACCGUGGAGCAGGAUUGGGAGACCGACCUCGCCGGCAGUGGUGGGCCACCCGUCGGCCGCGUCGUGGUCAUCUCUACUGGCAAGAGUAACUGGCUGCGUGAUCAUGUCGACGAGGAGGACUCGCUGUCGUACCAGAUCAACCAGGUAUUGGUAGAUCAGCCAAACACCGAGAAAAAAAGCAAGGGUGGGAACCCCAUGGAUCCGUCGACCUACAUCAAGCCGAGCGCGUUUCCCACACCCUCCACUCCCCUCACCAAGCCUGUGACGCAGCUCCCCGCACUCUACUCGAGCAGCAUGGUGAGCCAGUCCGACGACCCAACAGAUCAGAUGGCACUCGUCUUCCCGGACUGGAAGGUCUGUUUGGAGGUGGAGAACUCUCCUGAGGGAGCACAGGCGUUGUGGGACGGCGCACUGUCCGGCAAGCUGGGGCGCGCGGGGCGACCACUUCAGAACGGCGGGGAGGGGAUCGAGCGCCGCCGGUCAUGGGUGCUGCCCUAUCGCGCGAUUGUCCUGCUGUGCUCGCACAAGAAUCGCGACAAGCGGUGCCACAUCGCCGCUGGAUUGCUGCGUCCUGCUCUUAUCGGGUGUCUGGAGCGGAACGGCGUCACAGUUGAUGAGGUUGGUAUGUCGCUCGCGCGCCUCGAUGGGCCACCCCUCGAGGACCUGGUGGGCUCGGAUGCGGAGCGGGAAGCCGAGGUCGGGCGGCGCAUUGAGAACAUCGAGGGCGUGCAUGGCGGCGAGGGCGGUGAGGUGGGCGUCUUUAACAUCAACCACCUUGGUGGUCACCGCUACGCCGGCGUUAUGCUCAUUCUCUUCCCAUCGGGCGCGUAUCUGUCGUACGGGCGUGUCUCUCCGCAUGAGAUUCCGCGUGUGGUGGAGGAGACGAUCCUUCAAGGCAAGGUGGUGCCCGGGUUGAUCCGCAGCGGAGCUGGCCUCGCGCGUCCGGGGGCAGCGAACAAGGACAAGGGCUUCUUGUCGUGGUAG